AUGAGUCCUGGGGGAGUCGCCAUCGCCUGGCCAGCAUUGUUGCCACUGACGGCCGCCCUUGUAGUUCCGUAUGAAGUGGCUCAGCAACCAUUAAUUGGCUCCUCAUCAUCGUCGUUCAUUGAGAGCAGCAUAUUUGGGAAGGCUCGCCAUAUGAGGCUGCUGGGAGCCCAAGAUCAGUUUCACAUGGAGAAUGAUUUCAGCACGCCAUACAGCGGGAUUGCAACAUUUGCACACCUCAACUGGACCAACUGUUUUGACCCCUCGGCUGAUGAAUCUUUUGACAUCGGGAUUGUUGGGGCUCCCUUUGAUCUGGGUGUGACCUAUCGACCGGGAGAACGGUUCGGACCGUCGGCGGUUCGAUCUGGAUCGCAGAGACUGGAACCUGGCUUCGCAUACAGUAUGGAUCAUGGCGUUAAUCCGUUCCUCAAUUGGGCUGCGGUGGUGGACUGUGGAGAUAUCUCCAACACGCCCUUCGACAAGCUCGAGGCCAUCCAACAACUGGAGGCAGGCUGGAAAUCGAUCGGAUCCAGAAAACCUCGAAACUCGCAAAAGGCAGAUCAUGUCAGAUUACUCUCCUUUGGCGGAGACCACACAAUCACCCUGCCCGCACUUCGGGCAUUGAAUCCAAUCUGGGGUAAAGUCGCUAUUCUACAUUUUGACUCCCAUUUAGACACAUGGGACCCAAGACAGCUGGGUGGAGGCUUGACCAAAUACUCGGAGGUGACGCAUGGGAGCAUGCUUCAUAUUGCUCACGAAGAGGGCCUGCUGCUCGAACAGGGUAACAUGCACCUAGGAUCCAGGUCUAUGCUGAUGGAUCAGAACUAUGAUCUCAACAACGAUGCCCGGUGUGGUUUUACACACAUACGUGCCCGACUGAUUGAUGAGCUUGGCAUUGAGGGGAUUGUGAGUCGAAUUGUGGAAACCGUUGGCGACAACUUGGUCUAUGUAAGCAUCGACAUUGAUGCACUCGACCCUGCAUUUGCUCCUGGCACUGGAACCAUCGAACCAGGCGGCUGGACCACCCGCGAACUUCUGCAGAUUCUGAGCGGGCUGUCGAAAGCCAACCUACCAAUUGUCGGAGCAGAUAUUGUCGAGUUUGCGCCGGUCUAUGAUAACAAAGCGGAAACGACUGCGCUCACAGUCACUCAGCUUGCCUAUGAGCUUCUACAGUGGAUGAUACGAGUGCCGGUGAAAAUUCCCCGUGUUGAAUAA